UAGAGCAGGGGGAGAGAGAGGAAAAAAAACAGAAGGGAAGAAAGAAAAUGGAGGUGGAGAGAGUGCAAGGCAUUGCUAAUUUUUCCACAGAAACAAUCCCGGAAGAGUUCAUUCGGUCGACGAAUGAGCAGCCAGGGCUCACAACGGUUCAGGGGACCGUGCUGGAGGUCCCGGUCAUCGAUCUCAGCGACCCUGAUGAAAAAAAGAUGCUCGAAGCCAUUAUAGACGCGAGCCGUAAUUGGGGGAUAUUCCAGGUUGUGAAUCAUGGCAUCCCUGAUGAGGUCAUAAGGAAGCUGCAAGAGGCUGGCAAGGUUUUCUUUGAGCUCCCGCAAGAGGAAAAGGAGCUUUACGCCAAGCCUCCUGGAUCUCAAAGCAUCGAAGGGUAUGGAACUAAGCUUCAAAAAGAACUGCAAGGGAAGAAAGCUUGGGUUGAUCAUCUAUUCCACAAGAUAUGGCCUCCUCGUGAAAUUAACUAUCAGUUUUGGCCUAAAAAUCCACCUUCUUACAGAGAGGCAAACGAAGAAUACACAAAGCACAUGCAUGGGGUGGUAGACAAACUGUUUAGAUGCCUUUCAGUAGGCUUAGGGCUGGAAGGGCAUGAGUUGAAGGAGGCCGUGGGCGGUGAGAACUUGGUCUACCUUCUCAAGAUCAACUACUAUCCGCCGUGCCCACGGCCCGACCUGGCUCUCGGAGUGCCGUCUCACACCGACAUGUCCUCCCUCACCAUACUGGUUCCCAAUGACGUGCAGGGCCUCCAAGCUAAUAGAGAUGGCCAUUGGUAUGAUGUCAAAUACAUCCCUAACGCCCUCGUUAUUCACAUUGGUGAUCAAGUCGAGAUUGCGAGCAAUGGCAUGUAUAGGAGUGUACUUCACAGAACCACAGUGAACAAAGAGCAAACAAGGAUUUCAUGGCCAGUGUUCUUGGAGCCACCAUCAGACUUAGAAGUAGGACCUCACCCUAAGCUCGUUAAUGAAGCAAAUCCACCCAAAUACAAAACCAAAAAGUACCGUGAAUACUGUUACUGCAAGCUCAAUAAGAUUCCCCAGUAAGCAUCUUUCACAGCAAAUGCAGCUGAAGCUUCCAAGGCAUUGCAGGGCAGUAUCCAAGGAAAUAUGUCAGUAUUUUGUUUAAGUUUCAUUCUAUGUUUGGAAUAAGUUGUAGUAGCUCUAUCUUCGGUCAAAGUAUCCGAUUAUUCUCACUACUAUAACAUAAAUAUUGUGAUCUAAUUCUUAUAAUUUAAUUUUAAUUAGCAAUGUAA